CCGACGUGCAGCUGCUCCUAUGAGGAAGUUUUACAGCCACGCAUCAGCUCCAGGCUCCAGACACAGACAUAAACACAGCGUUUACAUCCAACUGUAACUUUACACAGCUGAAGGACGCGUUUGUUCAGCCAACGACCUGCCUGCGGAGUUUAAACCUUUGGUGUCCGAGAUGAGGGCGCUGACGUUGCAGCAGACCAACGUGGCCCAAGGAGAUCAGCAGAAGGCCACAUGUGGGAGAAGUUUGUCCUCAAACUAUGCAGCUCCGAGUCUGGAGAAUAAGUUCUUAGCUCGGACCUCCAUGCUGAUGCCUCCGCCCUGCGCUCCGCUCUUAAACUUUGCGACACAACCUUCCUCUUGCCCCUCUCUGCAGCCUUCCAGCCUGACCUCCACCUCAUCCUCGCUCCUCUCCACCUCUUCCCUCUCGCCUUCCCUCACCUCUCCCUUCCUCAGCACCAAGAACAAGCUCCUUGAAAGCUCAUCGCUCUCUUUUUCCCCGACCUCUGUCCGCAACAAGUCUCUGCUCUCCACAUCUCUGACCAGCAGUGCUCUGCUCAACCGCUUUGCUCAUACGCCUUCAUUCCUACGUGAUAUUUUGGCUGAGGAACAGAAAAAGGAUGAUGGAGGAGACGAAGGCAGAGAGGAAACAUCUGAAGCGAUGCAGUCCUAUGUUGAAGAAUCAAGCGUGACGCAUUCUGAGGAAGAUGACGUACUGGCCGAAGAGGAGACGGAGGGUAUGGAGGAGGAGGAUGCUGGGACAAGCUUGGAAAUACCUGCCCUGGAAGCAGCGUUUGGCAACAAGGAACAAGAAGAAGCUUUGGUCAUCAGACGGGAGGAAUUUGCAGAGCUUGUCAGAGAAGACGACGAUAAGAUUGUAGAGGAGCUGAAGGACAAAAAGUAUCUCCUGCUGAACCAAGUGUGCUGCUCUCUGGUCAAUAAGAAUGCAGCUCCAGGCCAGAAGGACUGGGACUCCGAGGACAGUGUUUGGACCAGGAUCACAAACCUGGCGAAUUACAUUUCUGUAUACGACCCUCAGUUUCUUCUUAAGGUGGCAGUUUACACUCGACAGCAGCUGAACAUCCGCAUCACAGCAAACUUCUUACUGGCGCUGGCCGCCAACCAACCCUCCACUAAGCCACAUGUCCGCAGAUACUUCUGCGCUGCCGUGCAGCUGCCCUCCGAUUGGCUGGAGGUGGUCAGAAUCUACAGCACAUGCUUCAGCCGCUCCCUGCCGAUGUGCCUGAAGAAGGCGAUGGCUGACAAGUUCAAGCAGUUCAGCGAGUAUCAGCUGGCCAAGUACAACACCCGUAAACACAGAUGUAAACACAACCGCAACAGACGCAAAAACAAGAAAAUAAAAAGCCCGCAGCUGAAACAGUGGGCGAACCUGCUCAGAGCAGAUGAAACCAUUCUGACCAAGUUUUUGCAGUUAGAAGACAAAAAAGCGGUGGUGGUGGAUAAAAAGCAGAGUGAGUUCAGUAUCAAGAAAAUGAUCAAGAGGCUUCACAUUAAAGAACCAGCUGAACAUGUGAUGGCCAUCCUGGGGAAAAAGUAUCCCGCUGACCUGAAGACGUUCACCCGCAGUGGAAUGAGAGGCGCUUGGGAAAGGGAGAGAGCCGGCCAGCGAAUGAAGCUCAAAGAGCCAGAGACGUGGGAGCGGCUGCUGAGUCUGGAGGGCAACAAGGCGGCCACCUGGGAGAAGCUCAUAGACAAUAAGUCUCUUCCAUUCAUGGCCAUGUUGAGGAAUCUGAGGAACAUGAUCACUAAAGGCAUCAGCGAGGCUCAUCACAAGAAGAUCCUCAGCAGGCUGACCAAUAAGAAAGCAGUUAUUCAGAGCCGUCAGUUUCCCUUCAGAUUCCUCGCUGCCUACAAAGUCAUCAUGGAGCUUCACGCUUUGGCCUCAGAAUCACAGCAAGCGAUGCCUCCCGUCAAAGAGAUCCUGAAGGGAAUCCUGAAGAAGAUUCCCAAGAGCAAGCGCUUCAAAAGGUUGGAGUGGGACACGACUCCGAGGAGCAGGCUCAGGGUGACACUCGGAGUGCCGUUUGUCUAUCGGCUGUACCGAAUAAAGAAGGCCCAGCUCCUGAAGGUCAAUCAGAAGCAGUACACCGUGGCUCUGUUGGACCGCUACCGCAAAGCUCUGGAGACGGCGGUUCAGAUCUCCUGCCGUUACAACGUACCUCCGCUCCCUGGACGGACCGUUGUCCUGCUUACCGCCACCAUGGAUUCUGAGCUGUUCAAGGGUCAGGACUUCUGCCUCCCACGACCAGACCCCGAGCAGAAGAACGAUGACGAGGAAGAAGACGAAGUUACCAGGAGAAGGAAGAAAAAGGAGGAGGAUGAGGACAAGCUCACUCCUUCUCUGUUGGAGGUGGCAGCUUUGCUCGCUCUGAUGAUCAACAGCAGUGCAGAGGACUCUCAGCUCCUCUUAAAUUACUGGAAUUGCGCCGAUGAAUUCAAACUGAAGUCUGACGUUCAUUUGGAAAACGUCAGGAGUGUGAUGAAGGAAAUAAAGGAACAUGACAAACGGCCAUGUGAAGAAAUUAACUUCCUCCCCAAAGUGCUCACCAAGAACAACAAGCUGGACAACAUCAUUGUGUUGGCUGACAACUGGAUAAAUCCAGACACCACCUGGGCCAUCAACAACUACAGGAGGGAGAUAAACAGCAAGGCCCUCGUGGUGGAAAUCUACUUGGGAGGACGCCAAUACUACAUCGCUGAAAGGAACUAUGUUCGUCUGGAAGGUUUCAGUGAACAAAUACUGAGGUUUGUGGCAGAACGAGGAUCGUCCCGGCUGAUGGACCACGUGGAGCAUUUAGACAAACUGUACAAGAUCCCACCGUUAGAGGGCUCUAAAGACCCUCAGACCAAAGACAAUGUCGUCACAAUAGCAGCCAGCCCCAAGUUACGGUGGCGAGGUGUACGCGUCUUCAUCUCCUCCACCUUCAGAGACAUGCACGCUGAGCGUGACAUCCUGGUGCGGAGCGUCUUCCCGGAGCUCCGGCGUCGUGCCGCAUCACACUGCCUCUACCUGCAGGAGGUGGAGCUGCGUUGGGGCGUGACAGAGGAGGAGUCGGGGCGGGCCACCGAGCUGUGCCUGUCGGAGGUGUGUCGCAGCCAGAUGAUGGUAGGAAUCCUCGGGGAGAGGUACGGCCUGGUGCCUCCCAAACCUGUCCUCCCUGACCUGCCGCAGUACAGCUGGCUGGCGUCGGCUCCAGCAGGCCUGUCCAUCACAGAGAUGGAGAUCCGUCAGUUUCAGGCUCUUUUCCCGGACGCGGCACAUCAGCGAAUGUUCUGCUACUUCAGAGAUCCAAACAUCACCAAAUCAGUGCCGGUGGCUUGGAGGUCUGACUUUGUUCCUGAAUCAAAGGAGGCUGAGUCUAAAAUGGGCGCCCUGAAGAGAAAUAUCCGAACCAGUGAAGUCAAGGUCACUGAAAAUUACCCGUGUGCGUGGGGAGGAGUCGUGGAGGGGAAACCGUACCUGAAAAACCUGGAGGACUUCGGCAAAGCUGUGCUGGACGACCUGUGGACGGCUGUGGUGAAGCAGUUUGUAGAAGAGGAAGACGAGGCCGAGGCAGAGUCCGAUGUGACCGAGCAGGAGGUGCUCCAGGAGGCGCUGCAGAGUCAGUUCUUCGGCAGGGAGAAGCUGCUGAUCGGGGCCGUCGAGAUGGUGGAGCAGGUCCAGACCAAAGGAGGGAUGAUGGUGGUGGAGGGAGGACCUGGAGAGGGCAAAACUGUCUUCAUGGCUUCUCUAGCAGACGUGGUCAGGACUGACGUCUGUAACGUCAUCUCCUACUCGACAGCUGCCAGCCAGUCGGCACGCUCCGUGGAUAACCUGCUCCGAUGCCUCGUUCAGUGGCUGAGGAAGAUGAAGGACACUGAGGAGCAAUCGCCUCUUCCACAUUCCUACAAAGAUUUGCUGUCAGAAUUUCGCUCCACUUUGAGCGGCUGGAAGUCGGAAAGUCCUCUGGUGCUGCUGGUUGAUGGGGUGGAUCAUGUGCGAGACGGCAGAGGUCAGCUGAGCUCUGACUGGAUACCACAGCAGCUUCCACAGGGUGUUUGUCUGGUAGUGAGCAUCACGUCCAAAGCAGCGCUGUCACAAAUCCUGGUCAAGAAAAAAGGCACUGCCCUGUUCGCCCUGCCACAGCUUACCAUGUCAGACCGGAAGGCGAUAGUUCAGAAGGGACUGGACACCUUUGGGAAGAAACUCAGCGACUCUGCGUUCAACAACCAGCUCCAGACACUGAUCAUGAAGAAGGGAGCAGUGAGUCCUCUCUACCUGCACCUGGCCUGCGAAGACCUGAGGAACUUUGCCUCCUUUGAUAAGUUGAAGGAGAACCUCCAGGCCUUGCCUCAGUCUCUGAGCCAGUUGGUCCAUUACAGCCUGGACAGACUCUGCUUGCAGCACAGGGGCAUGCUGGGACUCCGCUGGGCGCUGGCGGCACUCACUGUCAGUGCUACAGGCCUGAGGGAGAGAGAUUUGUACUCUGUACUGAACACGUGCAGUGACCUGUCCUCACGGGACGGACAGGUUACAUGGCAGGAAGCACUCAAACUGUCCAGGAAGCCCAGAGGACGCGUUCCCAUGGCGACUUUCACUCGAAUAGUGCAGAGUUUACAAAGCCUGAUUGGUCCGUCUCAUUGCCGCGACACUGACGACCUGCUGGCUUUCACCAAUCCGGAGGUGAGGAAGGGCUUCGAAGACUUUCUCCUCCCAACAGAGAGCGACAGGAGCAGAGCUCACCUCGCACUGGCAGCUCAUCUGUGGGCACUCGCCGAUCAGCAGGGCACUGACACCUUCCUUCACUGUGAGGCCAACUCUGUCAUGCACCUUCCCUCCAGCCUGAUUCAAAGUGGCCAGCUGGAGGCUCUUCACUCCCUGCUCUGCAGCUACCACUUCCUCUACGCUAAUGUGCGCCAUGGCCUCCUGCACCACCUCCUGGAGAUCUACAACUCGUACGAUGACAAGUGUAACUCUGCGUCGUCAUUUGCCGUCCAGGGUUGUCUAGAAGACUGCCGGAGCUUCCUGCAGCGUCACGCCCUCGUACUCUCCUCCUGGCCGGCUCUCUGCAUCCAGCAAGCCCUCAAUGAGCCUCCUGAGACCUCUGCUCACACCUGGGCACAAAGCCUGAAGGGAAAAGGCGGGGUCCGUGUAGUUGAGUGGCUAAAUAACGACUGUCACCUUCCCGAGAGCAGCGAGCUGGUGUCGACCUUCUCGUCCGAGCCGACCUGUUUGGUUGUGAACCCAGAUAAAGAGCUGAUGGUGGUCGGCACUGGACAGGGAAUGCUGCAUCUCAUCAACACGCAGACCGGACAGGAGGUGAAGUCGGUGGUGAGCAGCUGCGACGGCAUCACGACAUGCGUCUUUCUGAAGGACGGACGUCUCGCUACGACCUCCUUCGAUGGACGAAUAGAAAUCUGGGACAUCGAGAAUGCCUGCAGGACUGCUCUCAUCGAUGCCCACAAUAAUGUGAUAACAGCGAGCGACAUCACUGCGGACAGGAAGCACCUCGUGACUGUGUCUCUGGACUUCAUGCUGAAAGUGUGGUCCUCUACUAAAGGUCACGAGGAAGCGUCCAUGCUCAGCUCCAGCCCGUUGAACUGUGUGACCUUUGACCCCGAGGAUCAUCUGCUGGCGGCCGGUUGCUGGAGCGGGGAUGUGAUCAUUUGGAACUGGCUGCAGAAUAAAACUCAGACGACUCUGACCGGUCACCGUCGCUCUGUGCGCAGCGUCUCCUUCUCUUCCUCCUCCUCCUCCAUGCUCUGCUCGGGCUCAGUGUCCGGAGAGGUCCGGGUGUGGUCGGUGCCCACCUCCACCUGCGUGGGAUGUUUCCAGGCUCACUCCGGAGCCACGGACGUCUUGACCUUCCUGGAUGAAGGGAGCAUGCUGCUGAGCGCCGGCUCCGAUCGCACGCUCCAGCUCUGGUCGGGUGGACUCGGACGUUCGGUCGCCACAUUAAAAAAUGAUGACUGCGACGUGGAGCCUCCUCUGAAGAAACAGAAGACGGUGACCUCUGAACCUGCCGCUCUGUGUGUGGCUGUUAAUGGAGACUACGCUGCUGUGGGGUACCACGGUGAAGGCCUCAAACUCUUCAGUCUUGAUCCAGCUAAGAAGAUCUGGUCCUCGGAAAACCUCGACGUGUCCGUCCUCUCUCUGCUCUGGGUCGUUGUGGAUGCAGAGCAGACCGAACCCAAGCUGCUGGUGUCUGGAGGAAGUGACAAACGUCUGAGGGUCUGGAAGAGGAAAGGAGGAGAGAAGGGAAUGCUGGGAGGCCUGGGAAUGUUGGGAACGUUUGGUGUGCAAACCGGCGCCAUCCUGGCAUUAGCACAGAACUCCACAUACCUGGCCACGGCGUCUGACGACUUCACCAUCGUCCUGUGGUUGCUGAGCGAUCUGGCCGUCGACCCCCACGUCGAGCCUCAUGCGUUUCUGAGGGGCCACGAAGGAGGAGUCACGUGUCUGGCUUUCAGCCCUGACGGUGGACAGCUGCUGUCCGGUGGAAAAGAUCAGGCCUUAAAGGUUUGGGAUGUGAGCGUGUCUCCUGCUGUCCUCUCUAAGUCGCUCCCUCACUCGCACAGAGACUGGAUCACCGGCUGUGUUUGGACUCCAGACUGUGUGAUUAGCUCUUCAAACGACGGGAGGCUUUGUGUAUGGGAUCUGCAGGCGGGCCAGCUUCUCAAAGAAAUCUCCUGGAGAAGUCCACUGACAUCAGUCUGCUGUCAGGGAGAGUAUGUAAUCGCCGGCUGUGCAGAUGGAGCGCUUCAUGUUUGGACCUGGGGAACAAACACAGAAAUCUGCCACAUUACUGCACACAAGCAGCGAGUCCACCACUGCUGUCUGCAACCAAACCCAGACAAGAACGAUGAAGUCAGCUCAGAAGAAAUGACGGUUUUCACUGCGUCUGACGACGGCACAGUGCAGCUCUGGAAACCACUACAGGUGGAGCACAUCAGCACCUUCCAGGGUCACAGCGGUGCGAUACAUGGCGUCGUUUGCAAAGAAGGACUUCCAGAAUUCCUCAGUGUUUCUGAAGACUGCUCACUGAGAUGCUGGACAAUGACAACAGAGGUUCCUCCCACACAGAAAGGCUCAAUCAUGGCUCUGUGCUUUUCUGCGAGAGACGAUCUGCUCGUCGCCGGUUAUGAAUCCGGUUUGCUGGAAUUAUGGCAGCACAACACUGUGGUCGGCCGCAGGCAGGCUUCAGACAGCUCCAUCACAGCGAUCUGCUCCAUGCCGGACAGCCAGUUUGCUGUCAGCUACUUAAAACCUGUUGUUGACGUGUGGAAGUCGGUGUGGAAUCAACAACACCGCACAGCGAGCCUGGUGAAGGUAAACUCGCACAGCGUGAAAGAUACAGUGGUCCACCUCCACUACUGCACAAUGCUGAUCGGCGUGAAGCCGGACGGGAUGAUAAUUGGCAUCCCAUUCGACAAGGAUAUGAACGCGUGGCUCCAAAGAGUCGAAAGUUGGGCCAACAACGUGCGACUUCUGGGGUUGAUCCCAAACGACGAGAAAAGCUUGUGGUUGGUGGGCGAAGGAGGCGGCGAAGUACAUAUUGGCUUCCUUUUCACCAUGGGCCCCAAAUACGGAUUUCAUAAUGGUUUCAGUACAAUGACCCUCGAGACCGACGAUGAGGAGGAGAAACAAGAGAGUGCGAUCUCCGCUAUAACCAUCGACAGGGAUUUUGUCGUGUGCGGAGACAUGAAGGGCGACAUGUGGUGCAUCCAGUCACCUGAGACUUCCACAUGGAGGAGCAGAAAACCUGCCCACAGCGACAGAAUCAGCGUGCUGAGACUCACUGACCGCACCAUCAUCUCGGCCUCCUACGACAGAACGGUGAAGCUGUGGGACAGAAACACCAAGAAGCAGGUGGGAAUGUUUGUGUGUGGAGGACCUGUGUUACAUUUGGAGGUGAACCCUGAAAAACCCUCUGAGCUGGUUUGUGAUGACGCGCAGGGAAAGCUCUACUUCCUCUCCUGGAAAGAAUAAUCUUCAAGAUAACAAAGAAAAACACUCGAUAACUACACAAGCCAAAGAUUACUUGUAAUGUCUAGCUUCCUCUUUGCUUCAGUGGUUGUGUAUGUGCAAUAAAUGUAUUUAAAAAGGCGACGUAAUCACACUAAAUAUGAAGGAAUAAGUAUCUAUGUUAUGACUGCAAAGCCAUGUUUACAUGUGCCUUUGAUUUAGACUUGCAAAUGUAACAAGCAAGUAUAAAAAAAGCUUAAAAAAUAUUAUUCUUUGGCAUUAAAAUUCUGUUCAUGUCGUCA